AUGAGGCUGUGUAACCGGGGUGUGAUGAUGCUGCUGACCACAGCGGGGGCUUUCUGCGCCUUCAGCCUCAUGACCAUCGCGGUGGGCACGGACUACUGGCUGUACUCCCGCGGGAUGUGCCGCUCCAAGAGCCAGAACGACAACGAGACCGUCCGCAAGAACGAGGAGGUCCUGACCCACUCGGGUCUGUGGAGGACCUGCUGCACCGAGGGGACGUUUCGAGGCGUCUGCAAAGACAUCGAUCACUUCGCUGAAGACGGUGACUAUGAGCAGGAUGCUGCAGAGUAUUUACUAAGAGCGGUACGAGCCUCCAGCCUCUUCCCCAUCCUCAGUGUGGGGUUAUUGUUUCUUGGAGGAGUGUGUGUCGCUGCCAGCGAGUUCUACAAGUCACGCUACAACGUCAUCCUCAGCGCGGGCAUACUCUUUGUGUCUGCAGGUCUCAGUAACAUCAUUGGCAUCAUCGUGUACAUAUCAGCCAACUCAGGUGACCCCAGCCAGAGCGACAACAAGAAGAGCUACUCCUACGGCUGGUCGUUUUAUUUUGGAGCUCUGUCCUUUGUGCUGGCUGAGAUGGUGGGCGUGCUGGCGGUCCAUGUGUUCAUAGAGAAACACCGGCAGCUGCGCACCAAAGGCCGGCCUUCCCUCAUAAAGCCGCCCAUCUCGCGCAGCUCAUCCUACUACCGCAACCGCUACUACCACAACCGCAGCCGCCGGUUCAGUUACAGGAGCAACCACAGCACGGGGGACUCCUUUCGGGUAAGAGACCGAGAGCCGUCCAUCUCAGCUGAGUCUAAGGCCAUGGCAGGUUUGCCGACACCAGUGACAGUGGGGUCAGAGUUCAUGCUCUACACGUUGGCGUCGCCUCUCAAAGACGGGAAGAUCGACAUGGCGGUGAAUGAUCUGACGACUGCGGCUGCUCACAACAACACAGAGAUGCUGCCAGGAAACUGUGUGGCCAACAGAAGGACCACGCCUGUCUGAGAGGAGCAGGAGGACGGACAUGUGCAGCCAGGACCUGAAUAAAAGGAAACUCUCUCUCUUUUUUUUGGUAAAGAACAAGGAAAGACUAUAGGAGGAGAGACUGGAAUAGAGCUGCAUCAACUAAUCUGUGAA